AUGACAUCAGGCAUGCAAUUUACGGAUCGCGCGACACAAGCCUUGAGUGAUGCCCAGGACCUUACACAGCAAUAUGCACAUUCGCAGAUGCUGCCUCUUCACUUGGCAGUAGCGCUUCUCGACCCUCCACCAGAUCAGUCGAAGGAUCAGCAGACGAACCAUGCACACGACUCACAUUCAGGCUCGUCUGCUCCGCUGUUCAAGCAGGUGAUUGAGCGAGCACAUGGCGAUCCACAACUACUCGAUCGAGCCCUGAAAAAGGCAUUGGUACGAUUACCUAGCCAGGAUCCACCGCCAGAGAACGUCAGCGUUUCGCCAAGCUUCAGCAAGAUUCUACGAUCUGCGAACGAAUUGCAGAAGACGCAGAAAGACAGCUUUAUCGCGGUCGAUCACCUGAUCCAAUGCCUUGUCCAGGAUACCAACAUUCAGAAAGCUUUGGCCGAAGCCAAUGUUCCAAACACGAAACUCAUCGACACAGCCAUACAACAGAUCCGUGGUACGAAAAGAGUGGACAGCAAGACUGCAGACGCCGAGCAGGAGAAUGAGAACCUUAAGAAGUUCACUAUCGAUAUGACGGCCAUGGCGAGGGAAGGUAAGAUGGAUCCUGUUAUCGGUCGUGAAGAGGAGAUCAGGCGAGUCAUCAGGAUCUUAUCAAGACGGACGAAGAACAAUCCGGUCUUGAUCGGUGAACCUGGUGUGGGAAAGACGACUGUGGUCGAAGGUUUGGCACAGCGGAUCGUCAACGCCGAUGUGCCUGCUGGAUUGGCCGCUUGCAAGCUCCUGUCUUUGGACGUCGGGUCUCUCGUUGCCGGAUCGAAGUACAGAGGAGAGUUUGAAGAGCGCAUGAAGGGUGUGCUCAAAGAGAUCGAGGACAGCAAGGAGAUGAUUGUGCUGUUCGUGGAUGAGAUACAUCUUCUCAUGGGUGCGGGUAGCUCUGGCGAGGGUGGUAUGGACGCUGCCAAUUUACUCAAGCCCAUGCUUGCUCGUGGACAAUUGCAUUGCAUAGGCGCUACCACGCUUGCAGAGUAUAGGAAGUAUAUCGAGAAGGACGCCGCGUUCGAGCGACGUUUCCAGCAAGUCUUGGUCAAGGAGCCUUCGGUACCAGAGACCAUCUCCAUCUUGCGUGGCCUGAAGGAAAAGUAUGAGGUACACCACGGUGUUACCAUCCUCGAUGGUGCCAUCGUCUCCGCAGCCACACUCGCGUCACGAUAUUUGACUUCUCGAAGACUUCCGGACUCCGCUGUGGACUUGAUUGACGAGGCUGCAGCAGCUGUGCGAGUAGCUCGCGAAUCUCAACCGGAAGUGCUUGACAACAUGGAACGCAGACUACGACAGCUCGAAAUUGAGAUCCAUGCCCUAGCUCGCGAGAAGGAUGAAGCAUCCGCAGCUCGACUCGGCGAAGCUCGUGCGGAAAAAGCGAACGUGGAAGAAGAGCUGAAGCCAUUGCGCGAGAAGUACGAAAGUGAGAAGGCACGAUCGAAGGACAUCCAAGAACAGAAGAUCAAACUCGAUCAGCUCAAGGUCAAGCAGCAGGAGGCAGAACGUACGCGAGAUUUGCAGACCGCAUCUGAUCUGAAGUAUUACGCCAUUCCUGACGUUGAGGCACGCAUUGACCAGCUUGAGCAUCAGAAGAAGACGGCUGAGAUGCAGGAUGCUGGUCGACGUGGGAGUAUGGAAGACAAGCUAAUCACCGACGCUGUCGGACCUGAUCAGAUCAAUGAGAUUGUCGGCCGCUGGACCGGCAUCCCUGUUACCAGAUUAAAGACUACCGAGAAGGAGAAGCUUUUGCAGAUGGAGAAAGUACUCGGCGCACAGGUCGUCGGUCAGAAAGAGGCCGUCACGUCUGUCGCCAACGCCAUCCGACUACAACGUUCCGGCCUCAGCAAUCCCGGACAGCCGCCAUCCUUCCUCUUCUGCGGUCCAUCAGGUACUGGUAAGACUCUGCUUACCAAAGCUCUAGCGGAGUUCUUGUUCGAUGAUCCAAAAGCAAUGAUUCGUCUGGAUAUGUCCGAGUAUCAAGAACGCCAUUCCCUAUCCCGCAUGAUCGGCGCACCACCCGGCUACGUCGGCCACGACGCUGGGGGCCAGCUGACAGAAGCUCUGCGCCGCCGACCAUUCAGUAUCCUCCUCUUCGACGAAGUUGAGAAAGCAGCCAAAGAGGUCCUUACCGUACUUCUCCAACUCAUGGACGACGGCCGUAUCACCGACGGCCAAGGGAGAGUGAUCGAUGCUCGCAACUGUAUCGUCGUCAUGACCUCGAACUUGGGAGCAGAACACUUGGCACGCAACAAUGCUCCAGACGGCAAGAUUGAUCCCACGACUCGCGAACUCGUCAUGACGGCGCUCCGGAACUGGUUCCUACCAGAAUUCUUGAACAGGAUCAGCAGUAUUGUCAUAUUCAAUCGGCUUUCCAAACGCGAGAUCCGGAAGAUCGUCGAUGUGCGAUUAGUGGAGAUCCAACAACGACUUACCGGCAAUGGCCGAAAUGUCCAGAUUCAGCUCUCGGAUGCCGUGAAAGACUAUCUAGGCUCCGCUGGCUACAGCCCAGCGUACGGCGCUCGUCCGCUCGCCAGAUUAAUCGAGAAGGAAGUCCUCAAUCGUCUUGCUGUGCUCAUUCUCCGCGGGUCGAUCAGGGAUGGCGAGGCCGCGCGUGUGGUGAUCGAGGGCGGACAUAUCCAGGUCUUGCCCAAUCAUGGCGAUAGUGAUUUGGAGGAUGGGGAUUCGGAUAUGUGGGAUGAUGAUGAGGAUGCGCGGGAGGAGUUGCUCGAGAACCGGGAGGAGAUGGAUCUUUAUGAUGAUUAG